AUGAACAAGUCCCCUCCCGAGUUCCCAGCCCUGGCUUCCUUUACGAAAGGAUAUCUUCAAAGAGACUUUACAGCCACAGCUCCCAGCAGCCACCCCGACAAUGGAGGUGAGGAACAUAGUCCAUUUGGACUCAAUGUCCUCAGUCUUCCUCGCCACCUGUUUGAAGCUCUGUCAGAGGUGAGAGUUGAAGACCUCUCUGACUGGGGCUUCCGCCCAACAUUCCCAGCAGACCCUCACUAUAUGCUUGGGCCUGCCAGUAAAGAUGCCUCUCGUCCUCCUCUGCCGGUCGUCUACUCCCAGUACACAGAUGACAUACUCAGAGGUUUGAUCAAGAGGUUAAGAGAAAGGACAGAGAUGCUCAAAGAGAAAGUCAGAGAUCCCUAUGCCACUUCUCCAGAAAUCACACCACCUGUCACUCCUACUCUGAAGAAAGAGGACUACGUCAGAAAGAAAGAGGAGAGAACAGCUAAAGAAGAGCUGGAUAAGAAGAAGGCAGAAGAGGCAGCUAAGAUGGCAGAGGAGAAAAAGAAGAACGAUGAGGAGAAACGGCUCAAGGCCAAGAAAAAAGAAGAGGAGGAGAGGCGAGAGGACGAGGCCAGGAAGAAAGCAAAGGUCUUCCCAGACAUCAUCUGCUCAUGUUUUGAUGUCCUCUUCCGUCCAAUCGAGGACAAGAUGGAUACGAUCUUGGGGAGCACCAUAGAUCCUUUUACAGAUCGUCACUACAUCACCUGGUUGACUGUGGUAGCAGUGGCAUACAACUACAACAUCUGGUUUUGCUCUGCCCGGUUGGUGUUCCCUUUCCACAGUCGAACCACAAACCCCUACUGGAUAUUUUUUGAUAUUCUUUCUGACAUAGUGAAUGUUACUGACAUCAUGGUUUGGCAGCCAAGACUUCAGUUUGUCAAAGCUGGAGACAUCAUUAAAGACCGAGCUGUAACAAAGGUACAUUAUCGGAAAUCUCAACGAUUUAAGACCGAUAUAAUCAGCAUCCUCCCCUUUGACCUUCUCUGCCUGCACUUUCAAUUUUCCUCCAUGUACCGACUCAACCGCUUCAUCAGGAUUGAGUCCUUCUUUGAAUUCAGCAACCGACUUGAGAGUAUCAUGGCUAAGGCUUACAUCUGGAGAGUGGUUCGCACCACAGGCUACCUCCUCUUCAUGCUCCAUCUCAAUGCCUGUGCCUUCUACGUGGUCUCAGUACACCAGGGUCUUGCAACAACUACGUGGGUGUAUGACGGAAAGGGGACAGCGUACCUGCGCUGUUAUUAUUUUGCUGUCCGGAGUCUGAUCAACAUCGGGGGUCUUCCAGAGCCUAUAACCACCUCUGAGAUCACCUUUCAGAUGACUAACUUUUUCAUAGGUGUUUUUGUUUUCUCCAGUUUGAUUGGACAGAUGAGAGAUGUAAUCGGAGCAGCAACAGCAGGUCAGACAUAUUUUCGGGCAUCGAUGGAUGGCUGUGUUGCUUACAUGAACACCUAUACAAUCCCCAAGUUAGUCCAGAACAGAGUCCGUACCUGGUACAACUACACCUGGGCCGCUCAGGGCGUGCUGGAUGAGUUGGAGCUGCUGGACAAGAUGCCUCUAGUGAUGAGAACCGCCAUCGCUGUGGACAUCAACCUGGCAACUUUUCAGAAGAUUGCACUGUUUCAGGGCUGUGACCAGCAGAUGUUGGUGGACAUGUUACUAAGGCUCAAGUCAAUUGUCUAUCUACCUGGAGACUUUGUUGUGAAGAAAGGUGACAUUGGUAAAGAGAUGUACAUCAUCAAAAGUGGAACAGUGCAGGUGGUGGGAGGACCCGACAACAGUGUUGUGUUUGUCACACUGAAGGCUGGCAGUGUGUUUGGAGAAAUCAGUCUACUACAGUCCGCUGACGGUGGAAACAGGCGCACUGCUAAUGUCAAAGCGCAUGGCUUUGCUAACCUCUUUGUCCUGGAGAAGAAGGAUCUGUUUGACAUCCUUGUCCACUACCCAGAGUCUCAGAAAGUGCUGGCCAGGAAGGGAAGGAAACUGAUCAAAGCUAAAGGCCCUGCAGCUGCUAAAGCCAGUGAAGAAAGGCAGAAAGGUCUGACUCUGUUUGGACAAAAACCACCAACACCCAAGAUGCUCAGAGCCUUUGGAGGCCUGAUAGAGAUGCUCAAGAAAAACUCGAGAGCAGAAACGUUAACAGGUUCAUGA